AUGGUAUCCUCUGCCUCACAACCCGCCCAUCUCGAAGAAGAACUGGAUCGCGCUCGCCAGACCAUACAGCAGCAGACCACCUACAUGGGUCACUUGCAAGACGAGGUCUAUGCCGCCAGGGCGUUCCUCGAGAUCCGCGAUACGUCCACGGAAAAGGCCAUAAUCGACAUCGUUGAGACCAUCAACUACGAUAUCCUGCAGGUCGCGAGUCUCCUCUUUGAUGAAGUCUCUCCCUCGCUCGCCGCGCGCUCGUCGUUCCAUGACGAUUGCGCUCUCUGUGCUACUUUCAAAUCUAACUUCGGCUCUUUUCGCUUCCUGGGCAACCCCGAUCCCGCUCUCAACGACGCGAAGGAUACGCUCCGUCUGAGCAUCAUUCAGGCCGCGUUUGUGAGCGUCUGUCACGACUACAUGCAGCCUUGGCAUGUCACGUCGCAGGGCAAAGCAGCUGGGGUCGCGAUUGAGGCGUUCAUGAAGGACCUUAGUGCUUCGAUGUUAGAUGAAGAGGAGCAAGCCAUUUCGGGAAACUGGAGGGCUCUCACUCAUCGCCACGCGUCUCGCCUUAUGGCGCCCCUCGGGCCGGCUGGACAGGAUGCCAUGCUGAAGGACUUGCACUCCUUCUUGCUCCCUGUCUGGCACGUCUUCGGGUUAAGCGCAGAGGCGAUUUCCGCUUCUCAAGAUGCCGCGCGCGACGCCUGCAUGUUUCUGAUCAAGGAGGUGUUGCGCUUUAAGCGUGAGGCCGCUCAGCGUGUCGUCUCGUCCGAGCUCCAGCCUUUCAUGCCGUUGCGAGGUACUCUGGCAGAUGAGAGGGUCAUGCAAUUGUAUUUCACCACUCCUGCAGCCGCCGCGCGUGUGAAUGAGCUCGUGGAGUGCUGCGUUGGACUCGGUUUGCGCCGCACGACGCGUACUUCCCGUGGAGUCGAGGUGACGAACCUCUUGCGCGCACAAGUUGUGCCGAGCUCGUUCAUCCUGUUCCCCCUCGCUGACUGA